UCUCUGUAUUUUUACCCCGAACGCAAAAAUUCUUCUUUCUUCAAAAUUUGCUUAAGUUUGUGCGCAUUCAGAGUGGUGCAGUGUGUAUGUCUGGUGCUUUUAUUGUGAAUAGUUCAUCUUGUUUCCCUACACCUAUAAUUAAAAGUAUACUGUGCAAGAUGUUCCUAAAAAACAAAGUAUAGACACAUACAGAAGUAAUCCCUUUAAGACACCUUGACACCUCAAGCUCUUUGUCAUUUUCCUCAGGCCAUUCCUAAACCUUUCUUUCUUUUUCUUUUUUUUUUUUUUUGCAGUGUUACAUAGUGCAUUGUCCUGGUGGUGGUGGUGGUAGUGGUGGGGGCACUGCAGUUGUGGAGUGCCAUUGCCAUGAGGGGGAGUACUUGGUCUGAAAUGGUGUUUGGGUGGGUGGAGCAGGUGAAGUCACAUGAAUGCCAGGACCCAAGGUUUUCAAGCAGAACACUACGUUGUAACAAGAUGAUCAACUGAAUGUUAUUCAUUUCAGCUGUCAGUGGUUUUAAUGUUUUGGCCGACUUUCAGAUCAGACUUUCCUGUCUGUCCUGGUCACUUGACAUCCUCCUUCACCAGUACCUUCAUCCCAAGUCUAGCACCCUGAGACUGUACAAUAAGUGAAAGAAGGAGGGCAGAGGACUGGUGUGAUCCAAAGCCACUGUCCAGUGUUCUUGAUCUCGACCAUUUCUUCAAUCUGUCAGUGGUACAUGCCGUGCAUGGACUUGUCCUUCCAUGAUGGUUCAUACUCCUCUUCCUCAUUCUUGGGUUUCUGCUGCUUGAGGUAUUCACUUGGGGCCAUCUUCCUGAUGCAUUCCUGGAUCUUGGUUGUUUCGUCCCGGACAGUGGCUCUGAUGCUCACCAGUCCUUAGUGUACAGUCUCAGGGUUCUGGACUGAAACAGUGGCCUCUAUAUCCUCUUUUGGCCAGCUUAUUAUAUCAAACUCAGAGUCUUCACUAAAUGGCCCUAUUGACUACACAGGAGUCAAAUGACCAGGACAGACAGGAAGUCUCAACUAGUGAGUGGUUCAAAGAUACAGGUCUGGGAGACUAUGGACCCAUAAAAGCCAAAAGUGAGUGAGUGCCACUCAAAUCACAUCUAGAACUCAGCUUGUGUUCAUGUGCUGAACAGAUUAAUUUGCCAUCAGAGGGGAGGACUGUUAAAGAUUUACCAUUGACAGAAAUAAGCUGGGAUCAAAGGAAAAAAACAACCAGGAAAGAGCAACAAGAUGGAUGCGAUUUCUCGACCAGAACUGUUUGAUUUCCAAGGAAUCUGGUUGACGCACUAUUAUACAGACAACUGGGAGAACUUUGAAAACUUUCAGGCCAGGCCAGAUGAUAUACUUAUUACAUCAUACCCCAAAGCAGGAAACACCUGGGUCGCCCACAUCCUUGACCUGCUGCAUGCUGGCCCAACAUCUAUUCGUCUCUUUGCAAAAGUGAUUCCCUUGGAGAUCUGCAUGCCAAGUGUGCCAGGAUUAGGGCCUUCUCCACCAGUGCUAAAAGGAACAGAACUAGUGGACAUGCUCACCCACUCUCCUCGAAUCAUCAAGACUCAUCUUCCAGUCCAGUUUGUGCCAAAGUCCUUUUGGGAGCAAAACUGCAAGAUCAUCUACGUGGCCCGCAAUGCAAAGGACAGUGUGGUGUCUUAUUUCCAUUUUGAACGCAUGACUAUGAUUCACCCAGAGCCUGAAGACUGGAGCAGCUACCUCCAGAGAUUCAUGGAGGGAAAGAUGGUCUUUGGAUCCUGGUACGACCAUGUGAGCGGCUUUUGGGAGAAGAAACAGCAUUAUCCAAAUCUCCACUACAUGUUCUACGAAGAUCUGAUCAAGGAUACUGGACGAGAACUAGACAGACUCUGCUGCUUUCUUGGUCUGUCUCCUUCAGCUGAGGAGAAGGAAGCGUUUCUCAGAAAAGUGCAGUUUGAUGAAAUGAAAAAGAACGACAAGGUUAACCAAUCAACGGUCGGAGCGAUGGAUUUCAAAAAAUCUUCCUUCAUGAGGAAAGGAAAAGUUGGUGACUGGAAGAACCAUUUCACUGUGGCCCAGAGUGAAGAGUUUGAUGAAGACUACAAGAAAAAGAUGAAGAAUCCUACCCUGCAGUUUCAUACUGAAGCUUAGAGGUUGUGAAGAGUCCUGAACUGAGAUGUGAUCAAACAGAUAAUCAUGCUGAUGUUACUGAGUCUGAUGUUUAGUUUUAUUGACAAGAACAAUGUCUGUUCUGUGGAGGACAUUUGUUCUUAUAAUGAGAACAACUGAUGUUAUAAAAUUGUCAAAGAAUUUUCCAAAAGAUGUGAAAAAAUCAAAUCUUUAUGAACGUUUAUGCGUUUGACCCACGUUGAUUGUUGAAGUGAUGAUUGCAUUUGUAUUUACCUAAAUUGACUGAAUUCAAUUUCAAAGAUUUCCUGGAAAUUACAGAUGACUGCAGUGGCACUUCAAAUAUUUUGUACGAUGCAUCAAGACUCAUCUUCACUGUUUUUGCCAGUGUCCUCAGUGGGCUGUAUGUUACUGUUAUUACUAGGUCUGAAGGUCAAAAACUGAGGAAGGGGACCAGUGACAGUUUUAAUAAUGAAACCACUGAUGUUUGACCUUCGCCGUGCAGAAUAAUGUAUGUGCAGAAUUUGUUUUCACAAACAGCAACCUUUGGGGCUGAAAAGGAAGUGCCAAAAACUGCAGUUCUUCAGUGACCACUUGAGGCUGGCUCCAGGCACCAGUCAAUCCCCAUAGAUCCCCAUGUUAAAGUGCCCAACGUUACAGCAGAAAUAAACAUGUUUACAACCUGACACAAAAAACUGUUUUGGUUCCUGAAGCUAACUUUCCCCUUCAUGGCAACUGUAUGGGGACUGAAUUUUUAACGCACCCGUUUACAAUUUAUGAUGGCUAAAAAUCAUAUAUAU